CCGCCCCCGGCCGGGUCUCCACUUCUUGGCCGCACCUCCCAUGACAGCGCCCGCGCGAAGAUGGCUGCGAAGGGCGCGCACGGCUCCCACCUGAAGAUGGAGAGCGAGCUGGAGCGCUGCCGCGCGGAGGGCCACUGGGACCGCAUGCCCGAGCUGGUCCGGCAGCUGCAGACGCUGGGCGUGCCCGGCGGCGGAGGCCACCGGCGAACCGGCCCGAGCGCCGCGUUCACCUCUCUGGACGCCGAUGACUUUGGGAAGCUGCUCCUGGCUGAGGCCCUCCUGGAGCAGUGUUUGAAGGAGAACCACACAAAGAUAAAAGACUCCAUUUCUUUGCCAGAGAAGAAUGAGCCAAAGAUGAAUGAGGCCAGAAACUACCUGAGUAGUAUCCUUAACCACGGGAGGCUGUCUCCCCAGUACCUGUGUGAGGCCAUGCUGAUCCAGGGCAAGCUGCAUUAUGUGGAGGGCUCGUACCGAGAUGCCAUCAGCAUGUAUGCACGGGCUGGGAUUGAUGACAUGGUCAUGGAGAACAAGCCACUGUAUCAGAUGCGGCUGCUGGCGGAGGCCUUUGUCAUUAAAGGCCUCUCCCUGGAACGCCUGCCCAACUCCAUCGCUUCCAGCCACCGUCUGACUGAGAGGGAGGAGGAAGUGAUCACCUGCUUCGAGAGGGCCUCCUGGAUCGCGCAGGUGUUCCUGCAGGAGUUGGAGAAGAUCACAAAUAACACCACAUCACGGCAUCUGAAAGGCUCUCCCCCGGUUGACUAUGAGCUCACCUACUUCCUGGAAGCCGCCCUCCAGAGCGCUUAUGUGACAAACCUGAAGAAGGGGAAUAUCGUGAAAGGCAUGAAAGAGCUCCGGGAGGUCCUACGCACCGUGGAGACCAAAGCAACUCAGAAUUUCAAAGUGAUGGCAGCCAAGCAUCUGGCAGGGGUCCUGCUCCAUUCCCUGAGUGAGGAGUGCUACUGGAGCCCCCUGUCCCACCCGCUGCCUGAGUUCAUGAGCAAAGAGGAGAGCUCCUUCAUCACGCAGGCCCUGCGCAAGCCUCACCUCUACGAAGGAGACAACCUCUACUGCCCGAAGGAUAAUAUUGAGGAAGCCCUCCUGCUGCUCCUCAUCAGUGAGUCCAUGGCUACUAGAGAGGUGGUGCUGAGCCGGGCACCGGAGCAGGAGGAGGACCGGGCCACGAGCCUGCGGAACGCUGCGGCCAUCUAUGACCUCCUGAGCAUCACGCUGGGCAGGAGAGGCCAGUACGUCAUGCUCUCUGAGUGCCUGGAGCGAGCCAUGAAGUUUGCCUUUGAAGAAUUUCACCUUUGGUACCAAGUGGCCCUCUCCAUGGUGGCUUGUGGGAAGUCGGCCUAUGCUGUGUCGCUGCUGCGGGAGUGCAUGAAGCUUCGGCCCUCAGACCCCACUGUGCCCCUGAUGGCCGCCAAGGUCUGCAUCGGGUCCCUGCACUGGGACGCGACUCUGAAAUCCAAGCAAGACGAACUGCACCGGAAAGCACUGCAGACACUGGAGAGAGCCCAGCAGCUGGCGCCCGGUGACCCCCAGGUCAUCCUCUAUGUCUCCCUGCAGCUGGCCCUCGUCCGCCAGAUCUCCAGUGCCAUGGAGCAGCUGCAGGAGACCCUGAAAAUGUGCAGGGAUGAUGCCAACGCCCUCCACCUGCUGGCACUCCUCUUCUCUGCCCAGAAACACUACCAGCAUGCCCUGGACGUUAUCAACAUGGCCAUCACAGAGUAUCCGGAGAAUUUCAACCUGAUGUUCACCAAGGUGAAGCUGGAGCAGGUGCUGAAAGGCCCGGAGGAAGCCCUGGUGACCUGCAGACAAAUGCUGCGGCUGUGGCAGACCCUGUACAGCUUCUCCCAACUGGGAGGCCUGGAAAAGGAUGGGAGCCUCGGCGAGGGUGUCACACUGAAGAAGCAGAGUGGCAUGCAUCUGACGCUGCCCGAUGCCCAUGACGCAGACUCUGGCUCUCGGCAGGCAUCAUCCAUCGCGGCCUCCCGGCUGGAGGAGGCCAUGUCGGAGCUGACUGUGCCCAGCUCAGUCCUGAAGCAGGGCCCCAUGCAGCUGUGGACCACGCUGGAACAGAUCUGGCUCCAGGCUGCUGAGCUGUUCAUGGAGCAGCGACACCUCAAGGAAGCGGGUUUCUGCAUCCAGGAGGCAGCAGGCCUCUUUCCCACCUCGCACUCAGUACUCUACAUGCGGGGCCGGCUGGCCGAGAUGAAGGGCAGUUUGGAGGAGGCCAAGCAGCUGUACAAGGAAGCUCUCACGGUGAACCCUGAUGGUGUGCGCAUCAUGCACAGCCUGGGUCUGAUGCUGAGCCGGCUGGGCCACAAGAGUCUGGCCCAGAAGGUGCUGCGGGACGCCGUGGAGAGGCAGAGCACCUGCCACGAGGCAUGGCAGGGCCUGGGCGAAGUGCUGCAGGCCCAGGGCCAGAGCGAGGCCGCUGUGGACUGCUUCCUCACCGCCCUCGAGCUGGAGGCCAGCAGCCCAGUGCUGCCCUUCUCCAUCAUCCCCAGAGAGCUGUGACGUUGCCCGGCAGCAGCAGGGUGGGAGGCGGCUGCCCUGAUGGGAGGGGGGCAGGCCGAGGCAGGCACGCAGCGGGGAGCAAAGGGAGGGGAGGCGUGGGGCCUCAGGGAAAUACAUCUCUAGGGAACGCUUCUGCACGCUGCAGCCUAGUUCUCCUCGCCUCCCCCACUCCAGCCCUGCCUUCUCUCCAGGGCCAGCUGGGUCUGGGAGCUGCUCUCUGGAGCGGGGUAGACCAGAUUGCAUCAAAAGCAAAUCCUUUGCUCCUUGGGAUCCAGACAGACAUUGGGGUGUUUAUGAGCAAGGAAGUAGCUGGGAAGCCACAUCAGCAUGGGGGCAUCUCCCCAGAGUGUCUGUGCAUCAUCUAAAUGGGUCUCCUAGGUACUUCCCCCUACUGUCUAGAAGCCCCCAUACUAUACCUGCAACCCCGACCCUAGAUUUCCCAGUGACUGUGCACAGGUGUUCGCCUCAAACUUCAGCUCCCCGUUCUCCAACACCAAAGAUGAACCCCACAAACUGCCCUCUGACUAGGCCAAGAAGGUUUUCCCCUUUUGGUAACUCAGUGCCUCAAGAGACAGCUUGCUUGAACCCUAAGUGACUUAGAAUCAGGGUGACCAGACUUGCUUCCCGAGAGCACGGGCUGGGGAGCCCCACAGCUGAAUUUCACCUCCGCCUGUGCCUCUGUGCCUGGGGAGCUCCCGGGGCCUGGUCUCAGCCCCAGUCUCAGGACAGGGUUUUAGAUAACUCUCAGGUCUUGCCCAGAGCAGUCAGGGCUUGAAGAUUCUGCUGGGAAAGAGGAUAGGCUCUGUGGGGCCUUCUCCCAGCUUUGAAUAAUUGCAGGAUGCCCAGCUUUGCCCCUCUUUGCCUUAUGAGGCCAGUUGGGCCCCACAGCUCUUCCCCUCUGCUGCCAAGUGCCUUUUGGGCCUCUGGUGCCUGGCCUGGGGCACGAAGCACCGACCCUAAUUCAGCUUCCAUUUCUGCCACACUCUGGAAAUAUUCCCCAACUCAAAUGGCCUCCCUAGGCUCUACGCCAUAAACCCUAGGGUACAAACAUGGCAGCUGGACCGAGUUCUUCCUCAUUCCUUGCAUCAACAUACUCCUCAAGCCUUCCCUUUCUGGGCCGUGGGUACAACGCCGAACGGUCUGAGACAACGGUAUGACGACGGGCAGUCUCUAGGACUGACCCCAGCACGUCUCACCACCCACAGUCCAUUUCCACUUCAGGCUCUUAUAGGUGACCCACUCCCACCCCCCACCAGCCUGGCCAUUUGGCUACCCCUGCCUGGGGCCUAGUGGGGGCUGUGGAGACCAGUGGAGGGGACAAAGCAGAUCCCUGUCAGCAGGGGACCUGGGGCUGCUCAGGGUGGGGGUGGGACAUCUUCUCUGUUGGUUCCCCUAGCCCUGUGGUGUGAUGCUCUUGGAAUUCUCCCCCAAGAAGUCAGCCCCUCGGGCCUAUUGGGGAAUUCCUUUUUUUCUCUGCACUUUGGGUUUUAGUUUUAAACCUCCAUCUGGUACAUCUCUCUCAUCUUGAAGAGUGUGUGGACGGACUGGGCGAGGGCUGCCUUGGUUUGCCAUUGCCCAGUCUGCUCCUCAGAGGGAGACUCUUCCUCCUCACCUCACUGGCUCAGCACUGCACACCCCCAGGUGCCUCCCAGACAGGGCCUGCCCCUCCUGGCCUUCCGGCUCCAUGGGGGGCACUGCAGAGGACACCAGAUCCUUCACCGCUUGGUUGAAGGAUCUCUGUCUCGAUGUGUGUGUGUAUAAAUAUAAUAUAUAUGUGUGUAUGAUAGAGAUCUAUUUUUAUCUGAAAUUCUAUUAGAAAAAAAAGUAAACAGAAAAAGCAAAUGCUAUUGAUUUGCCUCGGGGUGCCUAAAGAUUGUUAGUUACUGGUAACAGGAAAGGCACCAGAUGCAUUUCGGCUUGCAGCGUUCCUCUGGAGGAAGCCUCAGAGGGCUGGGCCAAGCUGCUGGCAGUUUGAAAUAAAGGUCUUAAAUAAAGAGACCCUUGAAAGGGA